UAACUGCUUCUGUGCUUGGAUUUUAUGGGUUCUUUUUUUGUGACAUGGAUGGGAGUUUUUCGACUCUUAUGUCAAGCAGAAAGCAGGAGGCUUCUCUUGCUGAUGGCUAUUACAUUUGCUCUAGUUUUAGCAGUUCAAUAUUUUGAACUUCCAUAUACUGAAGUUUUCACAUUUCUCUUUGCUGCUGGCAAGAAUGGCCGCUUUCCAACUGGGGGUUCAUCAUCAAAGUCUGGAAUGGUUGAUAAUGUGACACUUUCAAAUGGUUUAAACUCUACUCAUAAUUAUGCAGAUAAUGAUACAGAAAAUGGUACAGCAGUCUUAAAUAUAGACAAAGAAACUGCUCAAGGAAAUGAAUCUGAAGAAAAUGACAGAGAUCUCAAGAAUGUAUAUGUAUCAGAAAGCAAUGCAGGUUCAAAUAAUUCUUUUGGCUUACUUUUUAAUGGAUCUUCAUCAGACACUCCUAUAGCUCCGAGUAUAAGCUCAACGUUGGAGAAUGGUGACAAUGUAGUAAAUGGUCCUGUCUUACAAGCAGCACCAGAGCAGAAUGUUACUCAAGAUUAUAAUCCUUCAUCCAGUUGUGGAAGCUCUGGUCGUUAUUUUGCAGCACCUGCAUCACCACCAUUGAAUUCACCAUCCAUUCUUCCAGAUACAAAAUUAAGAAGCAAUAUGUCAUCUGUGAACGCAUCAUCGGUGGGCAAAAAUACCACAAUAUUGCCUGAGAAGGAUAAAGAUCCCAAUCUCCUCAUUAGCACUCCUCUAUCUGGAAAUGUUUAUUCUGAAAAUACAGUUCCUCAAGUAAGGAAGAAAGGAUCCAAGAAGCCUAAAAAGAAGUCCAAGAAGCAACCACAGAUUUUUGUCUCAAUAUCUGAGAUGAAUGAUCUGUUGUUACAGAGUCAUACUUCACCCCAUUCAGUGGCACCACCACUGUCAUCAAAAGUACAGCAGGAAGUAAUUUUUGCAAAAUCACAGAUUGUGCAUGCACCUGUAAUGACAAAUGCUUCUGGACUUCACCCAUCUCUGUAUCGUAAUGUUUCCAUGUUUAAAAGGAGUUAUGAACUUAUGGAGAAUAUACUCAUGGUUUACAUCUACCAAGAGGGAGAAAAAUCAUUUUCCAUCAAGGAAUACUUGAAGCAAAACAUCCUUUCUGGAACAGAACUGGUGGAGCAGAUCAUUUUCUUGUUGCUUGUCAUGACUGGGCUCCUGCUGACACAAGAGGACGUUUGCUCAACAGCAUCAGAGCACUCUGCAAUGCGGAUAUCGGAGUAGGCUUCACCAUAGGCAAGGAUGUUUCUCUCCCUGAAACAUAGGUGCGAUCAACUAAGGAUCCUCUGAAAAGCCAGGGAGGCAACCCUUCUUCCCAGAGGCAUAUCCUUGCUUUCUUUGCAGGGAACAUGCAUGGUUAUGUGAGACCAGUUUUAUUGAACUAUUGGCUAAGUGACCCUGACAUGAAAAUCUUUGGCCCCAUGCCUCAUGUGAAGGGAAACAUUAACUAUAUUGAGCAUAUGAAGAGCAGUAAAUUCUGCAUAUGUGCAAGAGGUCAUGAAGUGAAUAGCCCUAGAGUUGUGGAAGCCAUAUUCUAUGAAUGUGUUCCUGUUAUAAUAUCUGACAACUUUGUGCCAACCAUUUUCGAGGUUCUAAACUGGGAAUCCUUUGCUGUUUUCGUCUUGGAGAAGGAUAUCCCAUACUGAAAGAACAUACUCCUUUCCAUCUCAAAGGAGAGGUACAUGGAAAUGCAUAGUAGAGUGAAAAUGGUGCAACAACAUUUUCUUUGGCAUGCUGAGCCUGUAAAAUAUGAUUCGUUUCAUAUGAUUCUUCACUCCAUUUGGUAUAAUAGAGUUUUCCAAACAAGAACAGCAUAGAUUUUUUUUUUUUUUGCUUGUAAGAGCAGCAUAGAUUUGUUGUUUCAUGUUCUGACCUUGAGUAAACUUGUCAUCAUGUAUGAUUGCUUUCACAAAUAUAGAGUUCACAGGUCAAACCAGAGCAAAUCUGAUUGUUGAUUUGCGUUUUUCAAAAUUGUAA